AUGAUUACUAAAAUAAUUGCACUCAUCAUCGUUACUAUCCUCGCGUCGUUCGCUACAACGCCUCCGAUUUCACAAGCCUCUUCAUCCGACAUUAAGAAACGAGAAGGCAUUUAUCAGUAUGCCUUCAUCACUUAUGGUCCGGCUUUCGUCCCGAUUUGUUUGACCCUUAACACACUCAUCUAUGCCUGGAUCAUGAUCUCUCCCGAUCCGUAUCCUUUCAAUGGAAUCGACAAGUUAUCCGAAUGGACGCUCGUAGAUAUCGUUUCUUUCGCACUGAUACUUCUUGGAGGCCUCCUCCGCAUCUGGUGUUACCGAACGCUCGGACGGUUCUUUACAUUCGCAGUAGUCAUCCAACACGAUCAUAAACUGAUCAAAGAUCCGCCCUACUCAUUAGUACGACAUCCGUCGUAUACAGCCGCAAUUAUGGUCACUGCCGGACUUUUUGGCUUUUAUUAUCCUUUAGGCGAAGCAAUAUUUGGUGAAUAUGGGCAGACGAUAACUGUGUUUGUGAUUGCUACUACGAGUAUAAUGACUGUGUAUUUCUUCGCCAAGAGGGUGCAAUAUGAGGAGCGCGAGAUGGCAAUGAAGUUCAAGGACGAGUGGGAAGAGUAUGCGCGUAGUCGGUAUAGGUUUAUUCCGUACAUGAUCUAG